UGUUUAACCGGGCAUCCAAUCAGCUGUGCAUAGGCAUCCCCACUACUCGUUAAUAUCUCCAUGGCCUCCUACCGAUAGCCGGUAUUCAAGUUUUUGUUUUACUUCUACACCAACAAACAGUGGAGAUAUAGUUGCGCUACGGCGCCCAGGAAAAAUUAGUUAAUAGUUUAUAUAUCUUAGUUUUAAGAAAAGCCAUGGACAAUUGUGGAAUUUAAUAUACAAAGACUAACCAUUUCGGUUUUCUAAUUAUACUUUACGUCGAUACAUAUCUUUGUAAGUGGUAAUUGAAUACCGGCCGGUAAAUUACAAGUGCUAGUUUUUCCUGCAUAAGUGAUUUUCCUGUUUUCCAAAAUUCCAGUAGCAAACAGGGGCCUCGAAGUGGUCCGAGAAGGGACUACAAUGGGGCAAAUACCACAAAAUCAACCUGAAGAUUGGUUCUAGACACAUGCGAUAUUCGUGGAUGCCUUUCUACAAAACAACCGUUUGGACCACGUUAGUCAAGUCAUGGGAUACCACAAAACAUAUUUGGACCAUUUUCUAAAGACUCAAAAUUUCAUCUUAAAAGGUGAUGGACCACUACCCUUCGACUACAGACAUUAUAUUGCAAUUAUGGCUGCAGGAAGGCAUCAGUGUAGCUAUUUAAUAUCAUUACAAAAGCAGGAAUUUCUUCUUCAGGGAGGAGAUCCCAAUUGGUUGAAAGGACUUGCUCACAUACCUGCUAAGUUACGAAACCUGAAUGAUAUCAAUAAAAUUUUGGCGCAUCGACCUUGGUUAUUGAAUAAGUCUCAUAUUGAGAAAUUAACUAAGGGUAAAAAUAGUUGGUCACUAGCCGAAGUAGUUCAUGCAAUAGUGAUUUUGGCCCAUUUCCAUUCACUAUCGAGCUUCGUAUUUUCGUGUGGACUCAACCAAGAAAUAGAUCAACUAACCUCGGGUUACCAAUACAACAGUGAUAGUACGUCUACAGCUAAAACGAAUAAUAAAACCAAACCCAAAGAUAUAUCAAUUGUGGAUAAAACUGUAGAACCAUCCACCACUCCGCCAUCCCCUACAGAACCAGAAGUUGGAAUAAAUACUCUUAUGCAACGUAUGAAGACUUUAUCUGAACAACAACAAGAGUGCAAACCCGAAGAAUUAGCUAAAAGAUUUGAGAAUAUUGAAACGCAAUCAGCAGAAAUAGGUGCCGUUGGGUCACAACCCCAAUCUACACCGGCAGAUAUAAGUUGUUAUGUAGAAGAUGCCAGUUUUAUGUACAUAGAUUUUGCUAAACGGCUAGACUCACAAGAUAUAACCACCUUUAGAGUACAAGAUUACUCUUGGGAUGACCAUGGAUAUUCGCUUGUUAACCGACUGUACAACGAUGUUGGAAAUCUUCUAGAUGACAAAUUUAGGACUGCAUAUAACCUAACAUAUUACACUAUGGGAACCCGUACCGACGUAGAUACGACAAGAUUUCGUAGGGCUAUUUGGUAUUAUAUUCAAUGCCUUUUUGGAAUACGUCACGAUGAUUAUGAUUAUGGAGAAAUAAAUGCUUUAUUGGAAAGAGCUUUAAAAGCAUUUAUAAAAAGUGCUACUUGUUAUCCAGACAGAGUUACAAAGAAAGAAUAUGAUAGGGUUCUUAGAGAGUUUCACUACAGUGAAAAGGUUCAUGUAAAUCUAAUGGUUCUUGAAUCAAGAAUGCAGGCUGAAUUAUUAUAUGCUCUAAGAACAGUGAAUCGAUACAUGACAAACUAAAAAAGGUACUGAUCAGCGCACUAUAUGGGAUAUAGGGAACCUGAAGAUAUGUCGGGUUUCAUUUGGUAUUUAUUCCAUCAAAGUACCUACCUAAUAUAGGUAUAUAGAGCCUUUUUAUUAAAAGAAGAGAAGAAUAAUGGUUAUUGCACAAUGCUACAAAAUACCUUGUUUUUUUUAAUUAUUUGUUGUAAGCUAUACUAUUGAGUGUUAUAUUUGUACAAGACAUUUACGUUCAUCUAGUAUAUUGUAUUUCAGUGUAUCUAAAAACGUUUUAAUAUUUUUUAUAAUCAUUGAAUUCUACUAAAGAUUUUUGUCUGCAUUAAAGAGGGAAGCAGAACAGGAUUUUAAAUGAAACAAACCUGUAGAUUCUUGUGGGAAACCAAUUUUUGAAAAUGUGUAUUUAGCUCGGAAUCAAUUUUGAUACUAUAGCAAAUAUGAAAAAAUACAGAAAGUUAUAUGUUUACCAAUUCACUGAUGUAAUUAACCACCAAAUAGUAACUUUUGUUGCUAACAUGUCAUCAGUGUUUUUAGAAUCUAUAUUAAAAACAAUAAACUGGGUGAUGUAUUAUAAGUAGUCUGUUAUGAAAAAUAUACACAUGUCACUUACUUGGUCAUAUUAAUAUUACCAUUAGUAGUUUAUUUUGUGCUAGAGUCAUGUUUAACAGUUAUUCCCACUGAUGACUCAGAUUGGUCUAUGUUAGUGUGCAUAUUAAAUAUGUUACUGCAUUUGUAAAUAGAUUGGAAAAAAAUAUAUUUGUCUCAUUAAUAGUAGGGGAGCUCAAAAAGCUGAAUAGGGAUUCACACAAAUGGGAACCUGUUGUAUUGAAGCUGAAGAUUACUUUCAUAACAACUUUGUCGAGUAGGUGAUGUCACUUUUGGAUUGAAUUGAAUCUGAUCAUUAAACAUCAUCUUUAUCUUUUAAGAAAUUCUAAACAAAGAAGAAUAGUUUAUUGAACCUAUACUGUAUAAACCAGCAAACUUUAGUUGCUCCAAUAUAUCUAAUAACCAAAGUAAAUUUAGGCAGACGACUCAGAACUAAGACUGCUCAGAUUGAUGUUCCAGCUCAUCUCUUAAAAUACUUUAAAAAGAAAAGCAGGAGUAUUUCUAAUGAUAGAUUAUUUUUUCACGGUUCUGACAGACUGCUUAUAGACCAACAAUCCUUUAUGACGGAACAUAUACAUGGUGGAAGUGCUCAAUAAAAUGCAAAGUAGUUUCUGGGCCAUCAAUGAAGUCGACUUCAUGAUUAUAACACUUUAAAAACCUCUUUAAGGGCCUUCCUGUUAACCAGUUUACCAUGAAUAUUCAUACUAUGCAUUAAGAAAGCGGCGCGUUUGCUUUUGGGAACUACCUGAACAUGUCAAUUUUGAGCCUUAUUGGUUUGUGAUUAUAACUUGUUGGAAAAGGGUACCACAUGUUUUAUUACUACUUUUUAAAAUCAUUUAUAUAUAUCUCCGACAAGAAAAAUAAUAAAAAGUAUGUCUCUUUAGUGGUGUUUUUUUCAGUAUAUUUUUAUACGUAAUUUUUUUAAGCACUCUUCAGAAUAACGUAAAAAGUAGAAAUUGAGGAAUCUACAAUAUAUUAUAUUUGACAAUUAAAGUAUCUUUCUAAUGUAUUGAAUGAUAAAAAAUUUUUAUACUUACUCUUUAUAAAGGAAAUUUUAUUUUUCACAAUAAAUUCCUUUUAGCAGGAAGAAUGAUAACCUAUCGGCGGUUAUGGGGUUAUUUUACGUUGCUGUAUUUUUGACCAUUUUACUAUCUCGUUCUUAAAUAAGUCUUGCAUGAUUUAAAAAUUUCUGGUGUAAAUACUUUAAUUUUCUCUCUUUUCUGACGAAAAUGAUUAUUUUCGCACAAAAAAACUCCUUAAUAAUUAUUUAUAAUCCACUUUUAAAUUAAAAAAAAAACAGUUAAUUAAAAUAUUUUUCAAAUAUGAUUCGAAAUAAAAUACCACAUGAAAUAAAUUGAAUCGAAAGUAUACAAUACAGUCUUUUUCCUUCUUAUUUUUUUAU